AUGACGACGACCACGACAUUUCAAGGGAUGGAGCCUGGUUCAAAAAGCAGUUCAAGGUAAAAAGGCGUCGCUCGGAACGCUUCACAAAUCUAUGCUAGCCCCCCUUUGCAGCAGCCUGUCAGCACAGCAUCAUGUCUCUAAAGCUACACAGGUUAAUGUAUAUUUGUGGGAACACAUUUCCGACCCCUGCGUCAUGUAAGAUGCUGGAUGUUUGAGGAGGAUGUUCCUGGAUUAGCUCAGUACCACACCUUCCUCAUUUGUCUCAUAUGAAUGGACCAUUUUCAUCUUCACGUAAGCUAGCAGGAUAGCACACACAUGUACACUCCCCUUUGUAGCAGAGGAGGCCAUCCAGACUAGUUAGCUCGACUCUAAAGCGGCUAAAUUUUGACCUUUUUCAUCGACAGUGUUCCUGUUUAGUCAUUUCUCUUAAAUCCGUUCAUUCCUCGAUAAUAAUGAUUGAUCAUGUCCGUCAUUUCAACAGGGUGGGGCCCCCACGCGGAUUUGAGAUCAGUUCUCGACAUGAUCAUUGUGGUACAAUAAGACAUCCUUUAUGAUGAGCUUGUCCUGCAGACAACCUCAUAGAGAAGAGAGCCAUGUUACAGCUGGUUUAAGUCACACCCUACAAUCAAUCAAAUAAUCAAUCAAUCAAUCCAGACACUCAUCAGCCUGUCAAUGUUUAUUUAAAUGUCAACAAAUGUCCAAAAGCAAAUUGAUAAUAAGAGAAGGUCAAGACAACACUCUUAGGCUGUUAUCGAAUUCAUCUACUUUACUAGCUAGGGAUGUAACGAUAUGUGACCAGAAUUAUCACGGUUAUCAAUAUUAUCACGGUAUUGAUGAAAUAUGUUUUAAAAGUACAUAGACACAGCAUGAAAUCAUUUAACAAAGUUUUAUUUUGAAAAAUCAAUCAAAAUAACAAGCAGAAUGAACUUUUCCUUAACCUUAAAUAACAGAGGGACAGUAGGCUUAAAAAAUUAAAGAUGGGGCCUAAAGUAAUGUGCCAGUGGGGAUAAACAUUAACAUAAUAACAAAUAAAUAAAAUGACAUUCCUUAUUGUGCAAUUUGUAAGAAUUUUCAGUGCUCAAAAAGAUGUACUCUUACAAAUAUAAAACAGAGCAACACUACUUUAUGAAAAUUUCAACCACAUGUAAACGCAAGGGGGAAAGUUGGUGUUUAAAAUAACAUAAAAUAUGUAAACUAAUUGGAUGAACCACACCGAUUGUCCGUUUUCUCCAUCAUAAGAUGCUGCUGCUGACUUUGUUCAUCACUUGAGAUUGAAAUGUAAAUAUGUCAGCUUAUUUACUCUCCUGGUUUGAGAAGUGAUCUGCAAGGGGAAACGAUGUGUCAGCUGGCACUGAAUACCCCACUGGAUGACACGCUGGUUGCUGGGAUGCACAGAAGCUUCCUGGCAACCCUGGCAACCCUAUGUAGAAGCCGAAAUACGCCCAGACUUCGGACUUUGUUUUCUUUGACAGUGGAAAAAUCUCUGCAACAUGGUCGGCAGAACUGCCCUCCGCCAUGUUUACAAGUUGUAUACUGCGCAGUGCGUGUGCGCACCUGUGUCUGAAUGACUGCUGCAUACUGCUGCUCCUCUCAACAUUGAGCAGUAUCACUGUGAGCUUUCCCAGAGUGCGGCAAUCAAUAAUAUAUAUUUGAUCAUAGAGAAAGCAUUUUUUUUUAAUUGCUCCUGGGGGCCCCCUAUUGGCUGCGGGGCCCUAAGCUGGCCCAUAGUUCGCUUAUGCCUUGGCCUGCUAAAAACCUGAAAUAUCACAUUUAAAUACCAACAGACUUCAAAUUGGUCCCAUUUAUUUAAAACUAUUAUUCCCAUGUUUCAGCAGUUUUGGCCUUUUGAAUUUUACUUUUACAAACAAAAACCUUUUGUACAGAAAGUACAACAGCUGAACAGUAUUUCCUGUGUGUACUGAUUCAGUGUUACUUCUUACUUUACUGUUUGUUUGCAUGUUUUUUGUCUUUAAUUGCCACAUGGUAGUGAUAUUUAAAGCGUUUUCUGUGUAUUCACACCAGCAUGCCUCUUAUUGAAUUUAUGAAUCCAAAGCAGCCAAAGUUGCAGUUGUUUGGAAAAAGUGAAAAAAAAAUGUUAAAUUGAAGAAUAUUUACAAUUUUCAAUAAUGAUUGAAUUUGUUCCCAAUAAAAGACGUUAUAGGACUACCUAAAUAAGAUGCUCAAAUUAACAGUAAAUUUGAAAUAAGCAACAACAAUCAUAGAUAACUAAACUGAUACACUGUCUUAGUUUUGCACCAUAACAAUUAGUAUCAGCUAAUGACUGGACAACUUGCCUCCAUUGUGGCCCAAAAAAAACAUCUCAGUAGAAUGAGUUGGUGCCGCCAAAAUAUACCCAGAAGUAACCUUGCUGCCUUAUCUGAUUACAGAGACGCACAUUAAACUUACUGAUAACAUGUUUAGGAUCCUUCAGGUCAGUUCAGUCCACAGCAGAAGAGAUUAUUGAAUCAACUUGAAGUAGGUAGGGUUUAUGACAGCAGGAGCUCUAACUGUUUUGGCUUCACAGUCAAUGAACACCCAACAUUUUUAAAACACAGUUUCUCAGUUGUUGAUCUAGUGCAUCACCUCUCUCUCUUUCCCAGGGUUUUGCGUCCUCCAGGUGGUGGCUCCAAUAUUUCGUUCGGUACAGAUGAGGAGAAACCCCCUGUCCGGAAAGACAAGAUGGCCUCUAGUGUGUUUGCUGAGCCAGAGGACCCCUAUGCUAAUCGAAGGAACAACCCGCCAGGUACAUUUUCUGCCAAACUCACUGCUUUUUGUGUACUCUGUGGUUCAUAGUUACAUUAAUGACACCAGAGCACCACUCCAGGUAUGAAGUCUGGGACGUGUUUUCGUUGUUGUUUAUGAAAAAACGUGUUUUUACUGUAUCAUUUACUGUUCUUCUGUGGCCCAAAGCUGCUCAAAAACUCUGAAUACAUAAAAAUAACAAGCUAGGUACACUAAGGGCUUCAUUGAUCUCCCCUUGAGGCAUGUCCUUAAAGUCAAUCUCUUGUGCUGCUCUGCUGAUUUGGACUCUUUUCAAGCAUGCACCAAUCUGAAAUAUUCAUGUUGAAUCGAGCUGCCUCAAAUCUGUAAUGGAUCACAGAUUUAAUCUCAGAAAACACACACACAAAGAGAAGUAAAAGGUGAAGGAACUUGUUUCAGGGAUGCUAAUUGGCCUUAUUUAGCCUUGCUGGUCGUUGCACAGAAAAAUGUGAAAAGAGGAAAUGUAAAAAAAUAAAAUAAAGCAGAAGUGACAAGAUGUUCGCAGGGACUGACGUGUGUCUGGUUUCCUGGUUUCCACUCUGUUGAGUACAAAAUACUAUUUUUUUCUUACUGUAGAGUAUUUUGUGCGUAUUUCUUUGUUUCCAACCUCACAGCAGUGUGAGCAAGACAAUAUUCAUCAAAUAUGAAUGCUCAUAUAUUAUAAAUGACAAAUAGAUAUAUAAACAAAGUUCAAGGCAGCGUUGCAUCACAUCUUCUAGGUCAGGUAAGGUGCAGCCCAUCUGUUGUCACAAUUAGAAAUAGUAGUGGUAAUUACAAUAGAAGUUUUGUCCAAAUGUCCAAAAACUAGAGCAUGUUCCAAACUCAUUAACACAAGCUGUCAGUGUUUUGGUACCUUUGCCUUCAUGUUUCAGACUCAUAUCAAAGGAGAGAUAAAUAGCAACAUAUCAGUCCUGCUGGUUUUCUGUCACUGUCAUAUCCAAAGUUCAGUGAUGGUUUCACAACAUUAACCUAGAUUCAUUUCCUUGUCAUUUACUAUUCAUUUACAACUCGAGGAGUUUUUAAGCUCUUGAAAGAAGCCAGUUUAGGAAAGACACAGCCUAUGUUUGACCCUCUUAAUUAUACCUGUCAAGAAUAUGUUUAAGAAAGCAGGGUAACUGAAUUGAAACCAAAAGAUGUUUUACUUAAUGCUCAUUACAUUUGGUCAUUCACCUGAUUAUAUGAAUUUCAUAUCAUAGAAAAUGUUUUUAAGCUGUUUCUUGUGACCAUCUCGUUUAACUGAAUGGUUAGGAAGAGGAAAAAAUCCAUGUUAGAGUUAGGGCAGGAUUUUUGAUAUCAUAAACACUCCAACAAGUGGGUGUGUUUUCUGUCCACAGACUGUAAACACAGCACCAGUGGGGUUCAAACAUAUUUAGUGGCACCAGCUGCAUAUAUAGAUUGAAUCUGCUGGUCGUCUGUUUUUAUGAUCCACGGCUUUGUUUUCAAACUACAGCAUUUAAAGUUUGCUCCAAAUGAUGAAAUAAACUCAACAGCACUCAGAAUUGUGAAGACAUUAAGGCUAAAACAUACAGGAUCCGUUUUGAGCGCGUAACAUCAGCGUCGCGUAUCACGCAGCAAAUAGGUUGUGAUUCUAAGCAAUGCAGCAUCCCUUACAGGACACGUAUCAGCUCCAUCGCAGCUCCGUAUCAGAAGCGUAUCGAGCGCGGCUCUGCUAAAGACACGCGCUGAGUUUAUUUUUGCUGCUCUACGCUUCUGAUACGCAUCAAUAUACACAGAGAAGAUUGUUCUAGACAGGAAGUCAAGCACAAAAACAUGUGCUUGUCAUCCGGUGUUUCAAAAUAAAACACCAUAUGUGAACUCUCGACUGUGUAUCAGUUUGUGUAGAUGAGAAAUACUUUCUGGUUUUGGAUUUAUCGGUAACACAGAACAAUCUGAUGGUAAAUCCCCGAUCCAUGUGGACCCCAACAGGACUUUGAACUACUAACUCUGUCUGAAGGUAACAGCACAGCUUAAAGCAGCAUAGUUUACUAUAUCAAACACGGGUAAACCCACAAAAACUGAAACUUUAAAAUCACGUUGCUUUUUCACAUACAGUAGAGGCUCAGCGGUCACUGAAAUAGACCACAGAAAGGAGAAACAACCUGUUGUGAGCAUGUCGUUUCCUCUAUCCUGAGCUCAGCUGACCGGGGCUGCACUACGCUGCUGACACACUGCUCCAAAUACAUAUCCUGUGAUAGACAGCGCUGCUCUACGGAGCAAAUACGCGACGCUGACAGAACACGCUCAAUACGGAUCCUGUUUGUUUUUGGCUUUAUGUUUAAAAUGUUGAAGUUAAACUAAUUUUCUGACACGAAAACACAUCAAACUUAUUUCUUUCCCACGAAAAUCCAGCUGUAUGCAAAUUCCGACCCCACUCAUGCGCAUGUUUCCAAGUGACCUUUCUGACUCAAACAGUGACAUUUUCUUCCCUCACAAAGAUUUUAAGUAAUUGAAGUAUUUAGUAGUAAGGGAUUGGAAAUUAAUUAAAUGCAGAACAGUGAAAAGUUCUAAUACGGAGGCCUACACAGCAGCAUGUACUGUUGUAGUGGCAUUUGUAAUGAAAGUGAAACUAUCCCGGUUUGAAAUUUCCCACAGUGAAUCCCAAAGGAAAUGUGUGGGAGAUGUUUGUGUAUUCCAAAAUUCCAGCAUAAUAGGGGUUUGGAGCAGAUAUGAUACGGGUGGACUUCAAUUAUGAGGUCAGUUUCCUCUGUGUGACCGAGAAUUCCCCUCACUGCCUCCAUUGUCUGAGACAGGACUGUGAUUGUGUGACCCUUGUUUUUAAUUGCCUCUCAGAAAAACCCUCUUCUCCACCCUCAACAUUUAGGGGAAUUGGUGGGACUUGAGUGAAUUAUUGCAUUUAUGAUAAAAUCUCCAGUUUUGGAUUGGAUUGCCUCACUGUGUCCCAUGUUUUGAAGGCUCAUCUGUCUGAGCUGUUAUGUCUCCUUGUUCCUGCAGGUGGCAGUGCUACAGGUGUGCUGUGUGGUGAGCCGUCAGCUCCCUUAAGAAGAGGAGGGAAUCAAAACACUAACCACUCUGCGGACGCUCCUGCUAUGGUAACAUUAGGCCUCAUAUGAUCGGUGGUCACAUGUUAGGAAGUGAAAACAUCAAGCAGACAGAACUGUUAGGAAGCAGCUAUCAUGAAAGUUGUUUCACUUCACAAUAGUGAACUUUAUAUCAUGUGGAAAAGAAAAAGACAUUUCCCCAUGACAUUUACAGAGAAAUUACCCAUGAGUUGUGUCUAAAUACUAAAUGUCUGCCUUUUUUUUUAGGAUGGAGAAAACUGUGUGCAUGUAAAUGGUAAGUGUGUGUUCUUUUUUUUCUGGUCACACCACCCGGUUUUUUAAUAUUUGGAUCAGUGAAACACCAGAAUGUCAUUGGAACUUAUGAGAAAAGGAAGUGAAAAAAGGGAGUGAAGAAGAGUUUUCUCAUGUUUUUGCACCACUUGUACUCCUAACUUGAAUUAAUCCAGGUGUAGUUUUUGAAAUAAACCAUCCAAAACAUGUUUUUAUAUAAAUUAUGGGUAACGCUUUCUUUUACGGUACACUUAUUACCAGGUAGUUAACAGGUAAUUACCUAGUAACAACAUGACAUUAUCUGGUAAUUACAUGAUAACUACUAAGUCAAUACUGUCUAGCGACCAGGUAGGUAACCUUCCAUCAUCAUACGAAUUGCUCUGGUAUUUCCAGGAUUUUCUCUGCUUCCUGGAACCAACAUUGCGCAGUAGCUUUGUACGCAUUCGGCGGGUGUGUCGCCGUGAUAAUGCUCGGCUCAAACAGCUUAUCGCUUGGCAAUCUUCACGCCCAUAGGCUGUAUCGAGUGUCAAUCAUAGAAAAUAAGAACCCCAAAUAACUUUUGAAAAUGGAGCUGCUCAGAAAAACGAAAAAAGAAAAACUAGACAGUAUUGACUUAGUGGUUAUCAUGUAAUUACCAGAUAAUUUCAUGUUGUUACUAGGUAAUUACCUGAUAAUAAGUGUACCGUAAGAGAAAGAGUUACCAAAUUAUGUAUAAUUUCUGCUCCUUGAUUUCCUAUAGAGGUAGACAAAAAGUGUUAAUUGUUAAUUUCCAGGCUAAGAAUAUGGAUUAUUCUGCAUAGCAGUGUACAAAGUUAGUCCUUGUGCACAUGGAGUGUAACUCUGGUUCAUUUUAUAACUUGUAUUGGUGUUUAUUUUACUUUUUUAACAGUAAUAUUACCUAUGCAGUUUUAACAAGGUGAAGAAAGAUAAAAUUGAAUCUGUGUUCGGAGAGUUGGUAAAGAUUUGAGAUAUCCACACGCAAAACGACAAGGAAGUGACAAGAAAACAAACAAAAAAAAUAGUGGCGCUAAUGAAACACAAUCAACUUUUAAAGUGCAGGAGUAAGAAAAUGAGAUGUAUGAUUUUCUCUCAUUCAUAUUUCUGGAUCUUUCCCCUGCAACACUUCAUCUCCUUUCCUUCUUCUCAUCUCCCAUUCAACCCCCUCCUUUCCCACGUGUGAGUGGAGCAAACUCUUUCAUACUGCUGUUGUGAAUACACAACACAUUAAAACAAAACCACAAAUCUUACUUCAACAAUAGUUUUGUUAGAGACAUGGCUUGAGUCAUGAUUUUCAUUGGCACACCUUGAGUUCAAAUGAGUGUCGUUGCUACACACAAAUAAUUUUGGAUUGAUUUGUUUAUAAAUUCUUGAACUAACUGAUGAGAGGUUAACUACCAAAACAGUCUUUAAGUUUUAUAGAUGCUGAGUCCAAAACACGUUGACAGUUGCACAUUAAUUGGAUAAACACUUUGUGCUUCAAAUCCCCUCAGGGCAGAGUUUGUAAAAGUAGGACAGGUGACACCUGUGUGUGUGACAGAAUAUUAAGUGCUAAUCAUUCGCUAAUUGCUUCAUGUAGCCGUUUUGCUCCCUGUGUUCAGAAAACAGUGCUGUGGAGCCUGAGGCUGCCCCGGCUCAGCAGGAUGAAGCUCCUCCAGCUGAAGAGUCUGCUGCAGGUUUACCCUCCGGCCGCAGGAAUCCCCCGGGGGGCAAGUCCAGCCUCAUCCUGGGUUAAAUCCCAGCCGACUGCCACCCCCUCUCCCCAUAUCCACUCAUGUCUGGACCCAUCUUUUUUUUAUCGUAGGAACCCCAGUCCAUCGGUAUGUACCACAGGAACCCUCUCCGACAUCUACCAGACAGCAGUCUCCUCCAAGUGCAUUGUUUUGAUAACUCUUUUUUGAAAACUGUUUGUACUGUUUUUAUUGUUUGUUUCUUUUUGACAGAAGCACUUUAUGUAAUCCUAAUUACAUGGUUCAAAGUCUUCCUUUUACCCCCUGUCACGCAUUAAACCUGCCAGAAAGGGUACAAGGAUCACAUCUCAUAUCAACCAGUGGAGUAUCUCCCCUACCUUUGUCGCAACAGCACACAGCCUUUAUGUGAUUAUACGAGCAGCUCCUAGAACACAAGCAAAGAAAAGUCGUCUCUUUUGCACUGUGUUCAUUUUUGACCCAUCUUGCAUGCAUGUCUGAUCUGAAUGUGAAAGGAAACAUAAAUGUGAAUUUUAGUUUUUUCUAAUUUAACCUGUUUGUUGGUAAUUUUUUGUGUGUGGAAUAAUUGUAUCGUCGUUGCAUGAAGUUGGAAACUUUCUACUGAUUAAAUUCAUAUUGUCCACAUAGAAACCACAUAAAUUACUUUUAUCGUGAUCUGAAGGGAGCAAACCAUUGCCUUCAGAUGAUCUCUUAGGUCUCGUGUCAGGUAACUGAAUUGGAAUAAGCCUUUUUUAUAUCGUAGUCACCAAAAGUAGAUUAUUGUAACCCCAGUGCCAGUUUUGAGUGCCCUGUGUUUUUAUAGGUAAAAUUUACUCUGAAAUAAAGUGUGCCUGUUUGUGUGUUAGGCUACAACAUCAAAUAAGGUUGGGUUUCCCCGGUUGCAUUGUAUCACUCCAGAAUAGGAAUGUGGUCGGUCCCGAUACUGAAGUGUUACUGGCAAACCCAUCCUAGAUUUGACAAGUGACCUUAUAACAGCUCAGCCUUGUUUGUAUAGUUUAUCCAUUUUAUCUUUUUUAUUAUUCCUACUGUUCAUUGGAAAUGUAAUGCAGUCUUUCAUGUACAUUUCAUGUUACAUUAUUUGAAACAAAAAUCAGAUUCCCUCCUGCUCUGGUCCUGCUCAGUCACGUGUGUGCGUGACUGCUGUGAAAAGUCAGCUGUCACGUGACAAAACCUACAUUUCAGGUUCCUGAAAUAUGAUUCCUGUGUGUAUACUUUUAAUAUGUGUUACGAUGCAAUGCAUUCCCAUUUACAUCCUAUAUUGAUUCAUGUUGCUGGAUGUAAGUCACUGCAGAAAUUUGAAAUCAAGAAAUGGCACAAGUGGACAUGAAAAUUAAAAAUCAAUUCUGACCAUGACUUGCUUUUGCAGUGUGUUUUAUCUUCCUGUUGUUGUUGCAUCCUCCCCUCCUUACAACAGGAGAAACCAUAUAGCUGAACUUUUUAUCCUACAGAUGUAAGAAUCUAGAGUGGUUCAAUUGUGCAAAGUUUAGUCUUGAAUUUACGAGUGGGACACUUGGGCGUGUAAUAUGGACUUGGGUUUGGGUUUGUUGCUAGAACCGCCCCUGUGUGGUAGCGUAAUAAUGAAAGUGAAAGUCAGACGAGGAGCCUGCGUUUGGAGCAGUCAGUUCAUCAUCAUCUAGUCCACCGAAGAGGAGCGUGUACGGUGAGUUCGUAUCGGUCUGUAUUUCUGUUAAAUCUACAGGGAGCUAUGUGAUAAAAGGGAGCUGAGAAGACGUGUGGUGCGCAGUUUGACUGUAGUUAAGUAGUUGGACGUCGGCUUUAAAUGACCCUGGUCAGUCGGUGUACACAUGGUGAAAAGUUAAUAUCGGGUGUGUGGUGUUUUGUGUACUGUAUUUAUGUUAAGGCUGUCCGCGGAAAUGUCCCGGAUUUAACCGGUCAUUACGGUAGCCGAGUAGGGAGAGUCCCCGGAUUUCAUUACAGAAAUCUGUUCAACUUAAUUUAUGUUAAUGUAAUGGUUGUUUGAGUUGUUUGGCCACGAUAUGUCUCUGAGACGUUACUAGGUAAGUCCACGCUCACGAGGACGUGGGUUGGGCUUUGUUCACCAACGCUGUGUGCGUGCUGCAUGUGCACUAAAGCUAAUAACCUCAUACGUUUCUUGAACUGAAAUGACAAUAAUCCGGAAACUUUACAAGAGUUUUGCAGUUUUGAGUUAUUUUGAACAAGCGUAACAAAGUGUGGAGUCGUGGGAAGGGUAAAGGGGUCAAUGUUUGUCUGCACAUGCGUCUGAGCAAGGAGUAAUUUAUCACCUGUGGAUGGCAACUCGAUAGUCGGGUUACAAGGCGCCUAGUUGUUGGUUACUCAGUGGGUCACUCCGUUUGGAGAGGCAGAGUGAUUAUCUUUUGUUUACAAUACAGGAUAUUUACAGGGAAAUACUAAAACAGGAAGACGGUGGGAAAGAGGGGUAUAAUAGGGGAGAGUGGGGUAAGUCGAGCCACCCUCUGUUGCUUGGAAAUGGUAAAAGAAAUUGUUCAUGUGAGAAAAUAUUUAGGAGAUGGAAAUCAAUUCAUAGUCCACCAUUUUAGCUUAAAGGACUAAUACAUACAUAAUAGUAGUUCAGGGGUAAGUUGAGCCAGUGGCUCAACUGAGAAAGUAAAGAAGUCUGAUGAGAGGAUCAGAGUUUCAGUUCAGAUUGUUGAAAUGUUUUACUUUUUCUUUCCAAAAAUACAGCUGUGAAUGUUCUGAAUCACUUAAAGACAUUCUCAUGUUAAAAUGACUUUUUACAAAACAGCUUUUUAGCAGUUAUAUGCAAUAAAUAGAUAAAAAAUACACAUGAAUGUGAAGAAGUAACUGUUAUUUAGGAAGAGAGAAGGUGAGGGAGGGCUGGAGUGGAGAGUGUGUGUGUGUGUGUGUGUGUGUGUGGGGGGGGGGGGGGUAGUUGGACAUACGGCUCAACUUACCCCACUCCUAUGGUCAACUUACCCCAUACACAGGGUAAGUUGACCAUAGGAGACCUUUUUUUGCAUGCUAUAUUAUCAAGACAGUUCUGUUUACACUCAUUCUGUUGAUUUACAGGGAUGCACAACAUCUUGAAAUAUAUGCAGAUACACUAGUUAAAGACAAAACUAUGAUUGUCUUGAUGUAGUGAUCCGAAAUAUGAAAAAUGGCUCAUCUUACCCCACUCUCCCCUUCUGGACAGCUGUGGGACAGAGCCAUGUGUGGUUCUCAAAGUUCAUGGUUUGUUGAUCUGUGCAGUCGUUUCAACAGAAAAAGGAAGCCUUUUGUAAGACAGAAUGAAUGCGUGUGUGUUUGUAAAUGAGAAAGAGACGUAAACAUUUUUUUUUAAUAGUUUCUGAGGUAUAGAAUUAAAAACACUGACACCAGUAGGAUGGUCCUGACAUAGAGGGACGCCCACCACCACCCGGUCAGGUGGUGAACAUCAGCGUUUCCAAAUAGUUCUCUGAGACUGACAUGGAAGUAUAGGAAAAAAAGAGCAAAGAAACAACGCAAUCAUUUAAGUAUAAAAUAAAACUUACUUAGGCUUUUGCAGUUUUUUUACCUGUUAGAUAAUGAAUUCAGCCACCUAGUAAUUAUUGCAUUUAAACUGUGAAAUGAAACUCAUGCAAGAACAAUGGUUUCAACCUUUAGCCAGCACUUUGAGCUUCCUCAUCUUGUUUACUUUAAGAGGAACGGUCAGGAUGUUCAGGCACGGACUGUGUGCAGACAAGAAGAGUGCUGAUAGGACAGAGCUGGACAACAUCAAAAUCUAGCAGCUCCUGGAUGACAGCUAAGUUUAAGUCAAGUCAGUUCGAUGUGGCCUGUUUUACACUGUGGUGCCUAAAGUGAACGUGGACACAGAAGAGGCCAGUUCUUUACAUGUUCAGCCGGUGUACGUCAGAAUAAAGUCAAAGUUAAACCCAUGAUAGUUUCAAGGAGUCCAGAUGUUUCACAUUUAUUUCCAAGAGAUUCUGACAGGACUGCAUUGAAACACAGCUGCAGUAGUUAGAUUACCGUAUGGGGAAAACACUUGUGAUGAAUUAUUUGUUAAGACUGAGGCUUACGAUCGGUUCUGUACCGGAAGAUCCAGAUUGCGCCCACUUACAAAGGACUGACCCUGCCUUUUUGUUGUUUUAGCAAGGGGCUGUUUCUAAUUUAUGUUUGUUUCCGGUGUCUGCGUGGUUCAAGAAUGGAAGAUAUCACCAAGAGACCUUUGCAGGGACCGCAUGAGAACAGCAGCUAAAUUUAUUCUUCAGAGUAAGCAAGCUAUUUUCAAAAAAGCAGUGCAUGGUAGAACAAACACCACCCCAAAUGCACUGGACUAAUUAUAGGGAGACGGAAAUGAUUGCACCUUUUAAAAGUGCACGGGUUUAGUCAUCAUGAAACUGAAUAAAAAAGGAUCUCAGAGGAGCAGAUUAUCACGUGUAGGGUCACCUCACACAUUAUUUAAUUACUCUUUGAAGGGCAGAGGCUAUUGUCACAUAUUUGGCAACAAACCCAGAAACUCCUAUUGGUACAAAAAAAAUCUCUUCUGCCAACUUUCUCUUUCAGUAUUACUCAUCUGGUCUGUUUAAUGUGCAGUCAAAAGUCACUUUUUAAGUGGUCUGUAAAUAUUCUCUUAAGUCACAGCACAGCUAGUCGGACAGGUUUCUGAGGCAGCCUUGACUUCUUGUAAAACGACCUUUAAAAUGUGAGCGAGAUUUGUGCAAGAUUGAAGAGACGUACUGACUGACAUGUUUGCAUGUUAGAGAAUAUUUAACAACCUGUUAGAUUAAAUGCAUGCCUUUCCUUCAUGCCCUAAAUUUUGUGCAGCUUUAAGGCGUGAAUUAGCACACGCAGUCACUGAGUCAUUUUAAUGUUCUGACACAGAUAUGGUUUCUUUUUAUCGUGUUUCUUUUUAUCAGCUUUUAUUUUCUUUUCAUUAAACCAUCUGUGUUGUGUUCUUUUAUGACCAAGCAUUACAAGCAAUUUUAUGCAUGAUAUUAGAACAUUUGCUCACAGAGACCAUGUAAUCCUUGAGUAUCAAUUUCUGGAGUUAGCACAGAGGACAUUUACUCUCUGGAGACCCCUCUUCCUGUUGACCUCCCGCUCAGCUGCUGGUGUUUGCAGCUUUGGAGCUGACAUGAUGAAUCUUUCCCUGUCGUGGCAAAAAGAGUCAAGAGUCUAGACUGCAGUUAUUCUUUUUAAAGAGACUAUUUCCACUUUGUUUGGAACAAGCUUGGUUGUUUAAAUGCCAUCUGUUUUUUGUUUAGUCACUAAUUCGGGUCAUGGCCCAGAGAAAAGAAAUGCUUUUGAACAUGAUACUAUUCAUCUGUCGGGUCUAUUCUUCCCACCAUUAACCAGGUCUGUCUGUUGAGUCAACAGCUGAUGAUUUGUUCAGACAAACUUCACCACAUCUGCUCCUUCUUCUUCCAAGGACGUCUCAGUACUCUUGACCCCACCUCCUCAACAGUCUUUCUGUUCAUGCUGCCUCUGCCACCCCUUACUGAUCCAGCACCGAUUGCACGUCUUUCCUUUUUUCCAUCUAAGAGAGCUAAAAUUUCUUAUGUCUAAUCAUGUACAAACAGCUGUACUGAGGCCUGGGCUAUAGCGAAGUGGGACAAAAUUUCCCCCAUCUUUAAUUCUGUAAACGUCCUCAUCAGCUUUUGCUGCAAGUUUUCUCAGUGAACCUCUCUUGGCACAAAAGCAGCCAGAGCUUUCCUCUCAGUGUGCCAGUGUAAAUAACGAUCAUCAGACUAUGCCACCGAGUUCUGUACUCUGGCAGCUUACAAUGUCUGGAAUAACUUCUCACUGCUGGAAGAUUUCUACAGCAGUCAAUCUGACGCCUUUAAAAGACCAGCUACUGCCCUAAUAACUAUGUCAGGCUGAAACAGACUUAUUUAGUUCCUGUACCAUCAAGAUUGGUGGUGAUUGAUGGGUUGCUCAUCCCAUGUACAGAGGCUUUAGCCAUUAACAGCACUGAUUCAAAUCAAACCAGGAGCCCUCGGCUGCAUGCCAGUCUCCACUCUGUCUCCCAUGCCCACUCUAUCCACUUUCCCGUUCUCUAAAUAAGGGCAUAAAAGCCCCCAAAUUAAAUAUACUGUAUGAAUACAAAAAGAUUGGUAAAUACCCCCAAGAGAAAGAAAAAGAGAAAUCACAUCAAUCUUUCCCUCCCCACAUUGCAUCCAAAACUCGUGCUCAUCCCCUCUCUGCUGCCGUGAGGAGGCCCAAGUAAACUACAAAAGCUGUGUACAUUCCUGAAGAUGACCAGUGCUGGCUGGCUAACAAACUACAACCUAUGUAGGUCAGUGCAGUCAUUGCAUGACCCACAUCCCCCAUCUGCAAACUCUUUAGAUGUUGAGAGCAAGUUUAUUUUUCAACUUUUAUUGUGAAACUUCUGAACCUUUUAAUCCCCAGUUCAAUGUGGAAGUGAAUUCCUGGGAUGUUAGCGUAAGGGUGGUUCUUUCCGAGAAGUCCCCUGCUUACAGCAAAUGCCUUCCUGGCAGACCAGGUUAACAGGAUUAUCUCCUGUGCAUAAAAAUGAUGGUGUGGGAAACAGGAAGUUGCUAUGUGUCAAGGUAGCCAAGGAAGGAAGAGUAACAUUAUUGGAUGAGCAUCAUUGUCAGAGCAUCUUAUUUUCCUGGAUGGACUUAUCUUAAGAACCCAGAACAUAUCCGGAGAACUAAACCACAGGAGAGCCAGGUAGGCCCUCCUUUUUUUUUUUUUUUUGACCUGAUUCCUUUGCCCAACUUGCUGGACAAAGGACAACGUAUGAUACGCUCUACAAGAACCGGGACACAGUGACAGACUGGAGUUCUCAGCUCAUCUUGACUGAGAGCUGACUGCUGUCUGCUUGGAGCCACUCAGCCUCAUCUGUGGUCAACAGCUUCAGACCAACAGCCAACCCCUGCAAAUGACUUCAGCACUGGAAACCUGCCCUAGCUGUCUCAACAUCUACAGCCUAUCUUCUAUGAGUUAACAUCUGAUUUGGGUCCAGCUCAAUAGCGUGUUUUCCAACUGGAUCCUCACCAUUUGGAGCUACUGGAGUUAGUCGAAGAUAAUUAUUACAUCUGCUCAGGCUCUCAUUUGUCAUUGUUGUAGGGCCACAUGGAAGCUCCUCAAGAUUUAGACCAGGUCUACUGAGAAAUGACCGGUUACUGCUUCUUAUCGCCGGGACAGUGUGGUUAUCUGUCCAAAUCCUUCCUCAGCCAGAUGAAUUUGGAGAGUCCAUGCCAAGAUUUAUGGAUCUACUUCUUGUGUCUAAGAUUGUUGACACUGUCUUGGACUUUGCAGCCCCGGGAAGACCAUUUAUGAUUAUGAUUUCAUGGAAAUGCAAUCAGACCAAGACGCUAAGGCAGAAGAACUACCGCCUCUUCAGUGCAAAAUGAUUAUUAUGAUGAUUAUUACUUCAUGGAAAUGAUCCGCUGCACUCAGUGAUCGACUCGUCAGGGCUCCCCUAUAAACAAGCGGUUGCUGGAGGAGAGUGGGUGAGUUGUAUUUGGUCUCUUUGCCAAAGAAUCCAGGCAAAGCUGAAAAAAUGUUUGAUGGCUAGUACUAUGGCUGGGACGGUAUAUGUACUGUUGAUGAAGUUAGGUGCUGUUCUGAGCAUCUUUUGUGGCUACGAGUGGCUUUUCGGUUGAGGUUUUGCGCAUGUAGAUGUAGACUACUGUGUAUUGCUAUCGUGCGGUCGUUACUGAAGUUAGUAUAACUAGAGAAGCAAGCAGUCUGCAACAAUUAUCUCUCGAGUGGGUGUCUACUCUGUGUCAUGGUGUGUUUGACCAUAACUUAAAUUUACGCUGGAAUAUCCCUGUAAGUAAACUGCAUAACCAAACCACCCGAUACUUCGUUAACUUAGUCGUCUUGUGUCAUCAGAACCAGAUGUGUGUAAAGCAGCAGACUGCAUGGAUCAUCUUCUUCAUUCAUGACUGAAAUAUCGCAUGAGUCUGUCGCACUUCUUUUCUAAUAAGUUGGGUAAUACACUCUGAGCAAAACUUUUAUCUGAAAAGAGAGACAGCUGCCUGUCUCAUGACUGAUAAAAUGUAACCUUGGUGGUAAAAUUUUACAGUGUUGUGACGAGAGAUAAGAGCUUGUUCAGGCAAAAGAUCACGUAGCCAUCAGUUUACACAAGGGUUAGGGUUAUGGUUAAAACUAUCAAUAUGUGUUUGGCAAGAGGGAGUAGAUUUAUAAGAGGAUGACAGGAACAUAUUGACCUCUUUAUGGGAAAAUCUAUAAUUUAAGUUUUGUUUUCUAAAGGAGUGUUACAAGGCUGCUCUGAAGCCGAGUGAAACUGAGACUACUUGGCUGUUUUUGCUCAUGUUUCAUUGAAACUAGCUGAAUAUGAGAUUGGGAAUAACCACAGCACCUGAUUGAGGUUUGCUGCUUCAUCACUUUCCAUUCAUAACUCCUACAUCCCCGUCUGAGGAACUUUUGGCUUGUGUCAAUUUCAAAUGUCAAAAAACUUCUCAUAGGAGCGUUACACACUCCUACAUUCCAGCUUUUCCCCCUUAUACCUUCUUUGGCUUUGUUUUCACAGUUUUUGUCUCAUUUUGUUUAACAGUGUAAACAGAACAACAUAACUUUUCAUUCAGGAAGUCGACCAUAGCACAGUUUCUUUAAGUAAUAGUGUCAUAGUUGUAUAAUAAAGAGUGAGCCGACUGUCGUAAAUAAAUUGAAACCAUUAAAAAAAUGGAGUAGAGAGGAAUUAUCUCCUCCUGAAGGGGUUUCUCAUGAGGUUUGCGUUGGGUACAUUUCACCCCAGGAGUUUUUCGAUCCCCUAUGUACACCAAAGAUUGAUCUUUAUGCAGAGGCCCUGCAUAAGAGUUAAGAUGUUUGUUUAUCACAUAUUAACCCUUUUCUGAAUAAUGCAUUGUUUCCUUUGUAUUGUCAUUUCAGGUCCAGAACAUGGCCUCAAAUUGCAAUCUGCUCUUUGUGCUCUCUGUCAGCAUCAUCAGUGCAGGGAACAGUCAAGGUAAUUUUAAAUCGUGUUGUAAUCUCAGAUCCUUAAUCAUAUGCGAUUCUGCUUGAAAUUGACAGUUAUUUUUUUUUUUUUUUUAACAGAUUUUGUAACAGUUCACUGCAAGCAGCAAAACUUUGGACAGUACAACCAGCAGUCGCUGAUUGACUGUGUUGUCAACCCCUCACAAGAUGUGAAAGAUGCAGAAAUCCAGGCAGUAACUUGGUGGAGAGAGGGGGAUGAGGAACCCCUGCUGGUUUUUAAGCACGGUCAGUUCGAGCGAUCUGACCGCUAUUUGUUUGCUGAACCAUCCUGGAACAAGAAAAACAUGAACGUAUCCCUGCUUAUCCGCAAAACUUCUCUACUGGACAAUGGAGUUUAUAAGUGUGUGGUGUAUACAGACAGUGGUUCAAAUAACUGCCAAACCAGCCUGGAGGUCACAGGUGAGAGUUUGUUUAACGUCUGUUUUUUUUGCUUGUGACCCAGCUUUAGAGUAUCUCAUUUCUGACAUAACAUCCAGUAGUGAGUGCACUUUGACUGUAUGCACAGAAAAGCACUAAAACCUUACAAAAUCUGAAGCUGACACGUGUGACAUUUAGUGACCGUGGGAAACGUAUUUUUCUGCAGGCAGGAUAUGAUGCUUUGAUUUAGAUAUGGUUUGGUUUAGGGCUGGGCGAUAAACCGAAAAUUUACCAAUACUGAAAUUUACGUCAAUAACCGACGUCAUUUUUCCCAUGUCAUCAUAUAUGUAGUCAAAAAAGUUGGUUUUGGAUGUGCGUAGGUAGGCAAUGGUCUCAUGUUUUAUGAGCGGCAGCUGAAGUAGACAAAGUUAAUGUGGGAGGGGGUGAGCAGCUUUUGGAGUAGUUAUCAUCCAUUUAUCAUUAUUAAGGUGAACUGCUCAAUAUAUCGUGAUAUUGAUUUGAGGCCAUAUCAACCAGCCCUAUUUGAUUAACAUAAAGUGAUCUCAGUUGUAUAAUGAAAGAGCAGUAUUUGAUUUAGAUUUAAUGGACAGCUUAUUUCAUUGUGUGUAAAAGACUCGUAUCUAGAUACGCCUAAGCAAAAAGGUUUCUGUUUGUGUAAAUAUUUAUCUAGUCUGUUCAAACACUUAAAGUGUUCUUGAUGAAAUGAAGAUUGCGUAAAGACUGGGACUUUCCUCAUCUGUUAGGCUGGUAUUCCCCUCCAUCUGAGUUAUUUCAAUGCCAGCUCAGUGUAUCUUUUUACUUUUAGUUUCUUUGGGGUAAUCACAUUCAAGAAUACUACUAUUAAUUAAAACAAUAUCACUCCUGCUUAUGUCAUAUUGAUAUAUUUUACAGUCAUUAAAUAAUGCUGUAAUACUGUAUCGCUUUCAUUUCAUUAAGGUCAAGGUUCCAAGUCCACCUUUAUGACUCUGUUUACUCUCUUUUUUUCCCUUGCAGCCAACUACAGUAAACCGACUUUUCAGCAAGACCCUGAGACCCUUACAAUGGAGACAGGUGGGGCCUUGACUUGUGUAUCCCACGGCUACCCAGAAGGCACACUGCGCUGGUUUGACAAAGACAAUAAAUCGUGGAUAAAGAGCCCUGAGACAAAGGCUGAGAAGACAGAAAGUGGUCUGUUUAAACUCUCCAGCACGAUGACUUUCGCGCGACAGUCUGCUUUCUCCGAGUUCAUCUGCAAAGUAUUCAAUGCCAGAGGAGACCUGGAGGGUGAGAGUCGGUUUGAAGUGCCAAGCAAAGCACCAGGAGCAGGUAAUUUCUCAUUGAUCACUACACCUGAUACCACUACAAGGAACAAGUUUCAUAAAGGAUUUUUAGCGACAGGGACAGGUUAUAUCAUGCAGACCCGUGAAGCAACAUUGAUGUCACAGCUGUUACACAAACACACCUUCUGUUAGGAUUGCUCAACUAAGAGGAACUUGAACCCAGAGGCUUUGUAAAAAGUGAAAAGCUCACAUUAUGUCUCAGAAAUUCCAUAUUAUUAUGUAAUGUAUGAGAAUCAUCAGCUUAAUCUACUAAAACACGCAGCGUUAAUAAAUAAUCUGUUCAUCACAUAGGACAUUUUAUGCUUAUUAGUAACUGUUACUGAGUGCGAUUUGCGCUCAGGAAGGAGGAGGGCAUUUAGAGGUUCACGGAGGAGCAGUCAGCAGAGCAGGCACCCUGGCACACACACGCACCCGCUGUAGUGUGGUGAGGAGUUCGCGCUCCACUUCACUUUUCUUUUCUCCUCCACAGGUUUUACAUUAGUUUGUUUAACCAGUAUGUUUCAUUCCUGUUUUUUUCUUGUUUUAGUUUGUUGUUUUAUUUUGGGCUGGAGACCACUGUUAGUCCAGUUUUCAUUGUUUUGUUAAAUAAGUUGAUAAGUUAAGAAUCAGAAUCAGAAUCAGAAGGGGUUUUAUUGCCAUUGUCAAUGAACAGGAUUCACAGACUAGGAAUUUUUACGGCGUGAUGUGCAACAUUAAACGGAGAAUAAUAUAUAAUAUACUAGAACAGAAAAUAAUAAGAGCAUGCAGGACAUAUAUAAAGUAUAAAAGUAUAAAAGGCUAUGUACAAUGCUAUGUACAAUAAGUAUAACAGGCUAUGUACAAUUACACAAUACAGAACAACAGUGCAGUGGGAGGAGUGCAAUUAGGGGGAGGUGCUGGCGUGACAGUCCAUUGCGCGGUUGGUUCAUCACCUUUUCCUUCUUGUUCCUUUUGGCCGGGGUCUCCAGCUCUUUAUGAUUGAACACAGUUUUGUUUGUGGAAAAAUAAAGGUUAGCCGUUCGUUUUUUGGUUGUGUCCGUUCAUAUACUCAUGUUAUGGUCCCUUUUACGAGCUUUUUGAAUUAAGAGAUUAAGGAGGCCGUGCCAAUGCUGAGAUCUCUCACUGGAAUUUACAGACUAUUCUUGAGGAAUAUGUGGUUCAUGAAAACAAAAACUCUUGGCUGUCGCUGUGUGUAAUGAUUAAACCAAAAAGGCCUUUAAAAACAGUACUGAAAAGACAUUUAUUUUGGUUCAGUAAGAAAAUCUUCCUCCCAACAUCACCUCAGUAUCUUGUAAGCCAUUAAGGGCAGACCGUUAUCACAAUCAUCCUAGCUCCUGCAUACUGUUGAGUGUUGUUUAUCACCAGCCUCCUCAUAUCUGUAGCUUAAUUACUUGGCAUGCGUUUUGCCUGUCUUUCUUUUAGUUUAGAAGGAUGGUGUCUGAUCCCAGAGCUGAUGCUAAAAUCCUGCAGACCCCCCCAGAGAGAGAAAGAGAAAGGGAAUCAAGGAAACUAAAAGUAUCAGGGAAUUUCCCACCUCUGCAUGGCUGUCCUGUUUUUCUAGGCACUUUCAUUUCCUUCUUUUCUGGAUUAUUAAUUUUUUACUCUUUUUUUCUGAUUUACUCAGAACAAACUGGGUCGGACGAUGGCAACUCAAGUUUAGCCACCAAAAUCGCCCCUGUCGUGGUCAUUGGAUCUCUGAUCGUUGGGUUGCUGCUGUGUUUGCUGCUGUUUUACAGAAGAAGAUCUAAGCGUGAGUAUCAUUAAAAAUCGACACGUAUGAGUACUAUGAGAGUUUGAUUUUAAAAGACAUGAAUAAAUUUGAUUUACAUGUAGCCUUAUAUUGAUGGGAACCACGACACUGAGAAACACUCCUUGUUUAUAUCAUAUCGUGUUAUUGAUAUUAUAAACUCACAGUUUACAAUUGAGUUUUGCACCUUGAGAGGAUGUUGGGUUUUGGUUUUUAAUUUGCAAGAUCAUCAAGGUGAAAUCUUUAAGUGGCCAGCAUGAACAUUUGGAAUAACAACACAGCACCAAGAAGUGAUUGACUAAAGAAAUUUCACCAUGUGUGCAUUCACAUCCUCUAAAGUUACAUUUGAAUAUCGGCCAUCUGAAACGUUGGUGUCAGAUUUCACGAUCUAACAUGAACUAAAUACAAUGGAUGGAACAAAUGAAGGUGGAAAAACCUGACCAUCCACUGGCAUGAAACUCUGUUAUCUGAGCGGGGAAAGUACGCCUGCUGCUCCUGCUGCUCCUGUUGCUGUUGUUGUUGUUAAGUUGGGUUAAGUAUGUAGCAACCACAGACCUGUAUGUCAGUUAGAAACAGUAGAGUGAGAGUGUGAAUGUUUCAGAAAGGGAUUCUCACGGACUCACAGACUCCUCACUGUUAUUUUCAUUUUGUCAUCAUUGUUUUGACAGAGGCCCGGAGGCACUCUGCAACACCCCUUAUGAGUACGUCCAUCUUUGGACAGCCUGUUUUUUUUUCAUCUCUUUUCUGAGUGUGAAUGAAGGGCUAACAUUUGUCUUUAAGGGUUUCAACAAAAUCUAUAUCUUUCUUGGUAUUUCCUUCUGUCAGACACGUUAAAUUGCUGCUCUUCUCUCAGUGAUGGAUGGGUGAGGGAUGUUUCAUGAUUGAUGUCUCUUAAACUGGUUCUUUCCUCUCUCUGUCAGUCCCCAUUCUUGUGAAUCUCAUGGAGAAAUUCUGCCUGUACCUUCAUGAAAUUUUAUGAAUUAUCAGCUUUGAUUCAUUGGAUAGCCGGUGGCGUUUUGGCUGUUUAUCGUGAUCUUUGAAAGAAACAUUUCUGACCACAACACCAGACAUUCAUCGCACGAUUAAAGGAUGAAAUGAGGAAGUAAUGACAUUUCUUACCCUCAAAUCAAAAGUCAGCGUCUCUGUGGCAUUAAAACUGUUUCUGGAAUUUUUUUGGGUGAGACUGACAUUUAGUCGGCCAAAGGUCAAAGUGUCAAAGUAAAUGACUCAGAAAAUACCUCAGCAGUUUGUGCAAGGAAUUUGGUUUAAUUUAUUCAUAUAUUCAGUCACACAACCCGUGUUAAUAAUAAAGCUACUUACUAUUAAUCUUAUUAUUUGUGAGUUAAAAGUGCAAGAAAUUGAAUGCAGACGCAAAAACAUAAAAUCAAUUAUUAAAUAGUUAUAGCAGAGAACAGCAGAGAACUAUCAAAAACAGUUAUAUUUAUGAGCUGCCGGGUUUAUGAUCAUGUUUUGGCCUCUGCAUUGCGUUGUAAUGCAGAUUGUAAAACGUUAUGGAGGUGUGCUGCACAAUAGGACUGCUCACACUUUCAUUGGCAAAUUAGAGCAUUUACCAGUUACCUGUGUAGAUCCUAUUGAUAAAGAAGUGAUGAAUGAUGGGAGAUUUCCAGACAGAGCUUUAUUGAUAGAGGUCAGUGCCUAUUAGAUUUAGCUGUAAGAGACGGUCAAUCAACUUUUUUAAGGGUGCUAUUGUGAGUUUUAAGAGCUGGCAGUGACAUAAAUUUGUUAUCACGACACAUGAUGAUAAAUCCUUGUGGAUUGUGUGGACUGUGUACUCUGUGUGUUCAGGCUUGUUUUGCUGUCAUGAAAACACUUAAAAGACCGUGUGAAUAAAGAAAACGACUUGGACUCGAGGACAGACAUGCUCUCUUCUUGUAUAAUGUUCCCUCUAGUAAAUACUUGUUUCACAACCGCUCCUUAUUAAUGCAGUCCUGCUCUAAGGGCUCAAUUACUCCAUGAUUUUGUGGAUAACCACUGGGUGUAUACAAACUGCUACUUGACAAGUUAACAAAGACUCACAACCCCAGGCAGUCCUGGUUUUUCUCCUCCCUCUCCCUCUUGGAUAUGGUUAAAAGACUCGGACUAUGUGUUUAGAGACAGCAUGAGACCAAACAACUCUGCAAACCGGUCUCAGGUCUAAUUCCAAGCCUGUUCGAGCAUGUAACCCCGAUGUGUUGUGAACUGUUGAUAACUUCCAUGAGAUCACAUGUAGAUUUGAGUGACCUAAAAACACUUCCAGCACUGAGCCAACUGGGUGCUUCAUAACUGUUUUUUUUUUUUUUUUUUACCUCUGGCUUUAAAAGGAUAUUCCGGCGUCAAUUUAAGUUAUGGUCAAACACACCGUAACUCCGAGUUAGACAACCCCUCGAGAGAUGAAUGUUGCCGACUGCUUGCUUCUCUAGCUAUACCAACUUCAGUAACAACUGCAGGAUAGCAUUAAGAGACUAGACACAGCUCACCUACUCUCUUCCAGCAGCCGCUUGUUUGAAGGGAGACCUCGGGCCAGUCCAUUACUGACUGCAGCGGAGUUUCACAGCUCAAGGAAGAACAUUUGUGAUCAUUUCUUUAUCAUUUCCUUGAAGUAAUAAUCAUCAUAUUAAUCAUUUUGCACUGCAGACCUGGUAGUUCUUCUGGUUUAGCGUCUCAGUCUGAUUGCAUUUCCAUGAAGAAAUUAUCAUAAAUGUUCUUCCUUGAGCUGCGAAACUCCGCUGCAGUCAGUAAUGGACUGGCCUGAGGUCUCGCUGCAAACAAGCGGCUGCUGGAGGAGAGUAGGUGAUUUGUGUUUAGUCUCUCUGCUAAAGAAAUUAGGCAAAGCUAUAAAGAUGUUUGAUGCCUAGUGCUAUGGCUGGGACCCUAUAUGUACUGAUGAUGAAGUUAGGUGCUGUUCUGAACAUCUUUUGUGGCUAUAGAGUAGUGUUUUGGUUGAGGUUUGUUUAUGGCUCCUCAAACCGCUGUGUAUUGCUAUCAUGCGGUCACUACUGAAGUUGACAUAUUUAGAGAAGCAAGCGGACAGCAACAUUCAUCUCUCGAGUGGGUGUCUAACUCAGUGUUAUGGUGUGUUUGACCCUAAAUUAAUUUUACGCCGGAAUAUCCCUUUAAGGUGUUCUGGGAAGUUGAGCUGUAUGUACCAAUCAGGAUGUAUCUUCUUUUCCCAGAGCUUGUCAACAAGGUUUAGAUGAUAAUCACCAGUCUCUGUGUUUUAUCAUAACCUGACUCAUGUUUCAGACGAGCUCUUCUUUCUUCUAUGGGGAUGAUUUCACUGCUACCCUCAUUUUAUCCCACAAUAAAAAUUAUUCAUCGUUUUUCAGGUGACCGGGUUCCUGCGUGUGAAUGUGAGGAAGGUAAGGCUAUUUUAUGUUUUUAUCACUGUGAGUAAUGCCAUCUGUGAUUUUUUUCAGGCUUUUGACAUUUUAUCUAUCUUGCAGGUGAUUCCCAGGAAAUCGAAAAAAUCGACGUGGAAGCCUGA